AUGCACGCCCACGGGCUGUUUCAGGCUGUGGUCACAGCUACCCUCUUGGCCACAGCGGUGGGAUCUGCUGAAGACCGUGUCAAGGUCAACCCUUUGCCGGCCCCCGCUGAAAUAACGUGGAGCAAAUCGGGGCCAAUUCCAUUUUCUAGAGCUAUCUGGUGCAGAGGAUGCGACCACCCUCUUGUCAGGGACGCAUGGAACCGUACGCUCAGUGCCAUUACAACUAUCAAAUGGGUUCCCGCUGCUCUCGAAAAACAGAUUCCGACAUUUGUUCCAUUCCCAAAGAGCAAACGUGACGGCUCACCGGGCCCAACUCUUAGACAUAUCAAUGUUACAAUCAAAGAUCAUAAGUCGGAAUUACAGCACGGCGUCGACGAAUCUUACACUCUGGAUAUUAAAAAAGGCUCGGGUGCUAUUGAGAUCUUAGCCAACACUAUCUGGGGAGCUAUUCAUGCCUUUACAACUUUGCAACAGCUUGUUAUUGCCUGCGAGAAAGGAGGCCUCAUUGUCGAACAGGCAGUCUCAAUCAAAGACAAGCCUCUGUAUCCAUAUCGGGGAAUCAUGAUUGAUACCGGCCGCAACUACAUCAGCGUCGAUAAAAUCAAAGAGCAGAUCGACGGCAUGGCAUUGGCAAAACUCAACGUUCUCCAUUGGCAUCUCUACGACUCCCAGUCUUGGCCAAUCAAAAUGAACUCCUACCCAGAGAUGACCAAUGACGCCUAUUCACCUCGGGAAGUUUACACUGCGCAAGACAUCAAAAGAAUUGUCGAGUAUGCCCGCGCACGUGCCAUUCGCGUCAUCCCCGAAGCAGACCUGCCAGGCCAUUCAGCAUCGGGCUGGCAACAAGUCGAUCCCAAGAUGGUCACCUGUGCGGAUUCCUGGUGGUCAAACGACGUCUGGGAACUGCAUACAGCUGUCGAGCCUAACCCGGGUCAACUCGACAUGGUUUACGACAAAACCUACGAAGUAGUGGGAAAUGUCUACAAGGAACUUACCAGCUAUUUCCCUGAUAACUUCUUCCAUGUUGGCGGCGACGAAGUGCACCCCAACUGCUUCAACUUCAGCAGCAAUAUCCGCGAAUGGUUCGCUGAGGACAAAUCGCGCAACUUCAACGACCUCCUCGCGCUAUGGGUUGAGAAAUCCAUGCCAAUCUUCCAGGACCACAAAGCUCGCCGCCUCAUCAUGUGGGAAGACAUGGUACUUGCCGGCAUGCACGCUGACAACAUCCCCAAAGAUGUCAUCAUGCAGAGCUGGAACAACGGCCUCACCAACAUCAAAAAGUUAACUAGCAUGGGCCACGAUGUCAUUGUCUCUUCUGCGGUCUUCUUCUAUCUCGACUGCGGCCACGGUGGCUGGGUUGGCAAUGACCACCGCUACAAUGUAAUGUCCAACCCUAACGAAGGCACCCCCAGCUUCAACUACCUCGGUCCUGGUGGCUCUUGGUGCGCCCCUUAUAAGACCUGGCAGCGUAUCUAUGACUACGACUUCACCGACGGCCUGACUGAGGAUGAAAAGAAGCAUGUUAUUGGCGUUACCGCACCGCUGUGGUCUGAGCAGGUCGACGAUGUGGUGAUUUCAUCCAAGUUUUGGCCACGUGCCGCUGCGUUGGGUGAACUCGCUUGGUCUGGCAAUGUCAAUGCUACGGGCCACAAGAGAACGACUGAGAUGACGGCGCGCAUUCUGAAUUUCCGAGAGUAUUUGUUGGCGAAUAAGGUUCAGGCUGCACCGCUGCAGCCCAAGUAUUGCUUGCAGCAUCCGCACGCAUGUGAUUUGAACUAUAACCAGUCAGUUAUUACAUGA